AUGAGUGGUUGGCUGAAGACUACGAGCCUGAGAACCAAAACCGGCAUGGCACCGGCACCAAGGAACUCCGAAGUUCUCGUGGUAACGGAGCCGCGCCGGAGAAGGCCGCGGUGCCUGCGCAUCCUGCGCCUCCGCCGGCUCCCGAGCCGCAGCCGGUGGUGCCGCCUCCGGCACCCGCCAAAGCCACUGGAG